AGAAACUGGUCAAUAAUGGCCGCAAUGAUCUCUCAAAUUAUUGUUCUUCUUUUUAAAUUGAUCACAAGUAUCGCAUCUGAUUCUAAAACUUGUGGUAAUUAUCAAGAUAUAUCAUUGUGUGACUUUGUACUUCCAAAAAAUCUCAUUUUCCAAACAGCAACAAUUUUGCGAAAUGGCGUCAGCCAAUCAGAUUGCUUAGAUAAAAUGGCGCGCUUUGAUUGGUCAAUUGGAUUUUUCUGCGAAUCAAGUUAUUUAUGCGGUCUGGGGUUAGUCAUAGGAGCUGACUUUUCGCCAAUGAGGGAUGAAAAUGUUGUUCCUGUGAGCGAGGUUUGCCAAAUAUUUUUUGACAAGGAGCAGACUAAUUGUGAGAGCUUCAAAGCGAAAGUACUUCGAGAGCGCGGUUGGAACUGUCAAAAUUCUGGGAAUGAGUUUUGUUUGAGAGAGGAGAUGAAACACUGCGUGGAUGUGUUGGGAGGAUUCAGGUGCGAACAUUGUGUGAAGGGAUCACAGAUUGAUCCAGAUGAUCACAGUCUCUGCCAAGAUAUUGAUGAAUGUAAUCUGGGUUUCUGUGGGGAGCACAAUACCAGUUGCACGAAUUUCGACCUAGCCUACUCCUGCGAAUGUGUGGAAGGUUUCAACCACGAUGCCGGAAC